AUGCAAUCAUCUGACUAUAGAAGCUUCGGAGCAGCACAUAAUCUCUAACUGUUCACAAGUACAAGUGGAGGUAGCAUGCAAAUGCCAAUAUCACCCACAAUCAUUCACCAUCCACUAUCAACUCAGAAUAAAAAUAGUACUUUGUUAAAUAAGCAGGUUUAUGUCUCUAAUAAGAUGUAGCCAAGCAUAAAGAGAACUCUAAAUUAGAAUCCACCAAAGAAAAAUUUGGAUACAAAUAUAAGACAUUAGUCACCAACAUUCAAUCAAUAAGUAAGGGAAACAUAAUAAAGCAGCAAAAAGUAAAAGCUAACUGAGCAGUAGCAAAAACACUUAUUUGAUUAAUAUUGCUUGGAGUUGUUGAAAAGAGUUUAAGUUCAAUAAAUGCAGUCAUAAGGAUAACUUUAAUAAUUGCCCUAAAACUAGAUUCAAACAGAUUUAACUAGAUUAAAAUAAUCAGGUUCGCCUUUAGGUCAAAGACCACUUACCCUGUUGAGCCCGAAUUUUCACUCAAAUAACCAGCCUUAAUUUCAUCCUAGCAAUAUUCAAAAUCCUAAUCCAAACACAAACUAUCAAAUGAUGAAUUUGAUUAUGAAUAAUCAAAAUAAUAACUUGAAUAAUAUUAAUCCCUUGACCAGCAGCUCAAACUCAGCAAAUGAUUACUUGAUUGCUUCAUUGCAAAGUUUUAAUGCUCCUAACAAUCUUAGAUCUAGUCAAGCAUCAUCAAUCUCACAGGAUGGAACAAUAACCUCAGUUGAAUAAGGGAUACCAUUAUUACAGAAUCUAGAUCUUUUGAAUAAUUUCUUCUCAACUUCUGGAAAAAACAACUUUUACAACUCACUUAAUAGUUUCAAGUCUUCUCCUCAUUAUUCUCCCAGACCAGUAUCAACUAUUAAUGAAAAUGACCUGACCUUUGCUAAUCAUCUAAUGAGCAAUCAAUUCUAGUUUGGUCUGUAGGGAAAGCAAGAAGAAUAGAUAUCAGACAAGUCAUGGGAUUUAGAAGAAGAUGAGAUAAAUGAAUUUAAUGAUGUAGAUGAGGAUGAGCCAACUGGGAAUAACAUUACUAAUAAGCCAACUAUACAAUUUAUUGAGCAGUAAAGACCAUUUAAACCUAUUCUUAGAUCAAAGUAAAAUGAAAACAGUUCCAUUACAAGAGCUAGAUCUAGGGAUAAUUAAUCACAGUAAUCAUUUUCUAAGCCCAUAUCAAUUAAGAGUAGUAUAAGUUAAUCGCCAUUCAGGCUAACUAGUACUAAAUCACCUAAUUAUAAAGAAUAUGCUUAGCCAUCCUAAAACUAUGCAAACCUGAGUAUAUCAAGUCAAAAAAAUACAGCAAGCCUGAAUCAAUCAUUAAAGCAAUAAAAUAUAAACGCUAAUAUCAAUAAUAAAAAUCCUUAAAACAGUAAAAACCAAACUACUAAGGAUAGAUAAUUAGGAGUAAUUAGAUCUAGUCUUAAGAAAAAGUUAGUGUCCUUAGAGUAAUAAGAAUUAGAUUCAAUAAUGCUAUAGAAAAAAUUCGGUUAGCCUGGCGGUAACACUUAUAGAUUUAGAGAGCAUAGUAAUAGUAGCUAUAAUAAAACAAGUAACUAUAAGAACCCUGAUAAUGAUAGCCCGACUAACCAACUUAGAAACAAGAUAAUUUCUAGACUUUCAUCUAAAGACAGUAAACAUAGCGCAGGCGGUAGUGGAACAAAUAACUAUCACAGCACAGUUACAGCUAAUCACAGCAAUAACAAUAAUUCAUACUUUCAUUAAAACAAGAUCUUAAAAGAGGGCUCUUAGAAUCAUAGAUAUGAUAAUCUGAAAAAGAUAAGUCUAGACCAUUUAUCAAUAGAAGAAUCAAAGCAUGAAUACGAUGAUCUUUCCCUUUAAAACUCUGAAUGUAAGACCUACUCUAAUUAAUUCACCAUUAAAUAAUCAAAGACUGGAAUAAUCAACGAUAGGUAUUAAAGAGAUAAUGGCUCAGCGCUCAGCAACAAAAGAGCUGAGAAACUUUAAGACUCUCUGGAGCAAUAGUAAGUCAUGAAUAAUAAUAGUAGUGGCAGCUAAAAGCGAGGUCGAUAGAGUAACCAGCGUAAUCAAUUUUAGCCUGUCUUGCAAACUAAAGUUUCAAGAAAUAUUCAGUAGAAUCCAUAUGAGGUGAAUGCAGUUCACUCUGUUAAGAAUGCAAAUAUAAACAAAGUAAAUGAUAUAAUAAAGAAUCAGAAAGCUAGGUAGAGCUUAGGCAAUAAUAGUGGUGCUGCUGGUGUAAAUGUCCUUGCUAAUCAAUAAAAAAUUGGAGGCAGUUUAUUGUUUAAUGCUACAUCAAGUAUAAAGUCUAAUUUAUAUUAGCCUAAAAUCUAUAAUUUCUCUACUCUUUAGUAGCUAGAAGAUAGCCCAUUGAGGAAGAGCUCAAUGGAUAGAAAUUCAUCAAGGCAUUCAUCACACUCACGACUGUCAAACAUCUCAAAUAACAACAAGAAAUCUUCAGGUCUAAAAAAACCAGUGGUGCAUGAAGAGUAUCUUCAAAGUAAUAAAGUAGCAUCCAUCAGGGGCACAAUUUUCAAAUGA